AUGCCGCCGAAGUCUGACUGGGAAAAAUGGGAGAAGAAGGCAGACAGCAAGGAUGAAGAGAAGGAGAUCAAAGCCCUGGAUGAUAGCGACAUCCAGAUUCUCAAGACAUACGGACAAGGUCCGUAUGCCGCAAGACUGAAGAAGAUUGAUCAGGAGAUCAAGGACGUGCAGAAACGCGUGAACGAGAAGCUCGGUAUCAAGGAGUCUGAUACUGGUCUCGCCUCUCCCAACCUGUGGGAUCUCCCUGUUGACCGGCAGCGCAUGGGCGAAGAGCACCCUCUGCAGGUCGCGCGCUGUACCAAGAUCAUCCCCGUGAACCCGGAGGCAGCAGCAGCAGCGCGUGCUCUCAACCCUGCCGGGGCUACUCAGGGUCAGAAAGGAGCCGACGAGCAAGACAAGUAUGUGAUCAACAUCAAGCAGAUUGCCAAGUUCGUUGUUGGCCUUGGGGAACGUGUUGCGCCAACAGAUAUUGAAGAGGGUAUGCGUGUAGGCGUCGACCGGAACAAGUAUCAGAUCCAGAUCCCGCUUCCUCCCAAGAUCGAUGCUUCGGUCACCAUGAUGCAGGUCGAGGAGAAGCCUGAUGUGACCUACUCCGACGUUGGUGGAUGCAAGGAGCAAAUUGAGAAGCUCCGAGAGGUCGUGGAGACGCCAUUGCUAUCCCCUGAGCGUUUCGUCAACCUGGGUAUCGACCCGCCGAAAGGUGUUCUUCUCUUUGGUCCGCCUGGAACUGGGAAGACCCUUUGCGCCCGUGCUGUGGCGAACCGAACAGACGCGACCUUCAUUCGAGUGAUUGGCUCCGAGCUGGUGCAGAAAUAUGUCGGUGAGGGUGCGCGUAUGGUGCGAGAGUUGUUCGAGAUGGCACGCAGCAAGAAGGCCUGCAUCAUCUUCUUCGACGAAGUCGACGCUAUUGGUGGCGCACGGUUCGACGAUGGCGCAGGAGGUGACAAUGAAGUCCAGCGAACAAUGUUGGAACUCAUCAACCAACUGGAUGGUUUCGAUCCUCGUGGCAACAUCAAGGUGCUGAUGGCAACAAACCGACCGGACACGCUAGACCCUGCUCUUCUCCGGCCCGGUCGACUCGACCGGAGGGUAGAGUUCUCGCUCCCUGACGGGGAAGGUCGUGCACACAUUUUGCGUAUCCACGCACGGAGUAUGAGCUGCGAGCGGGAUAUCCGGUUCGACCUGAUCGCACGCUUGUGUCCCAACACGACUGGUGCAGAGCUGCGAUCGGUCGCGACGGAGGCGGGCAUGUUCGCCAUCCGUGCGCGGAGGAAGGUCGCUACUGAGCGUGACUUCCUCGAUGCGGUCGAGAAGGUGGUCCGGCAAGGGACGAAGUUCUCCAGCACGUACACGACAUUCACGCCCGCUGAGCUCUCCCGCCUGAUCGAGGAGCACGCGAAGCAGCCUCCUCGUCCACUCACUCUAUCGACCCUACUCUCUCUAGCUGACCCAGUUACCCCAGACUCGGUCCUCAAGUCGGUCGGCUAUGUGCUCACGGAGAUCCCUCGUCGUCUGGCAAGGCGUGCUCGAGCCCUGGAGGGCCUGCCGUUCAUCGUGGGUAUGAACCCAUUCGUCGCGCGUACCCUCGAGAGGUACCGCCAGAGCUUCCGCUUCUUAUCGACACAUCCCGCUGUGAACAGCUUGGAGGAGAACAAACGAUUCACCGAGCAGCUGGACGCAGUGGUCUCCAGCCAUGCGAAUGACAUACCGACAAUGGCCAAAGGGUUCCAGGAAUGUGCGCGGUACAUGACCCCAGAGCAGAUCAGUACCUUCCUCGAUGAGGCCAUUCGUAGCCGGAUUGCUGUGCGCCUCAUCGCUGAGCAACAUAUCGCUCUGUCUCGGUCCCUAGAGGAUGGAGAGAUGGCGGCGGACCAUCUCGGCAUCGUACACAAGUUCUGCUCGCCACAGAACAUGGUCCGUAUGUGCGGAUCGUGGGUGAGCGACCUCUGUGAGGCGACGCUAGGCGCACACCCGGAGAUCGUCAUAGACGGGGAGGUCGACGCUACGUUCGCCUACAUCCCCGUCCACCUGGAGUACAUCCUCACAGAGAUCCUCAAGAAUUCCUUUCGCGCAACCGUCGAGCGCCAUGCAAAGCAGUAUACCAGUUCAGCAUCUAUUCCUCCUGUGGUCGUCACGAUAUCACCUCCACCUCCGUCCUCUCUUCCCCACCAACGUUUCCUCUCCCUCCGCAUCCGCGACCAAGGAGGCGGUGUCCCACCCGCCUACCUCGCCCAAAUCUUCUCCUACUCCUUCACAACAGCCGGGAGACAGGCAGCCUCGCAAGGUGGGAGCUGGGAAGAUGCAGGGCUCGGCGGCGGUCCUUACGCCGCGCAGCAUGUAGGCGGUAGCGCGGCCAUUGACGGGUCUGGUUCGAUGGGUGGUGGGCUCUUCACGGAGAUGACCGGACGUGGACUGCAAAUGGGGAUGGGCACAAUCGCUGGACUGGGGUACGGGCUGCCAAUGAGUCGCCUAUAUGCACUGUACUUUGGGGGCUCGCUGAACUUCGUUUCCUUGGAUGGUUGGGGGAGCGACGUGUUUUUGAAGCUGCGUUGCUUGGACGAUGCUGGCGAUGCUGAGAUUUAG